AUGCCACCUUCUUCUAAAGGAAAAAGAAAAGUCAGAAAUCAGAAUAGAAAUGAUGAAGGUCGAUAUUGUAAUCCCAAAAAAGUUCUUCACACCUCAGUAAUUUUAACUGAUCAAGAAAAUCUGAAAGAUGAAUUUGGUGAACUAUAUAAUAGUGACAGAGAAGGUGCGUUGGAUAAAAAUAAUAGCCAAUUAGAAAAAAUAAAACAAGGUUCAUAUAUAAAAGGCAAGACACCGAAGUUAACUUAUUAUGAUAAGUAUGUGCCAAAUGGUAUCUUUACUAAAGCGGCAAUUAGUAUCAAAAAAAUUACUAGUUUUUUUAAUAACAUCGAGAUACAAGUUACAAAUCUACAGCCUAAUAAGUUAGAUAAGGCCUUAAGUAAUUCAGAAAGUGAAACUGACUCAUAUAUCUAUAAAAUAAAUAAAAGGGCAAAAAAUUUAAAAAAACAAUUAGAACAAAAUCAUGGUACAUUAACAGUUAAAGAGUAUAAUUAUAAAAGAGCUAUUUUUGAAUAUCUUAGUUUGUUGAGUAAUAAUAAUGGUCGUGGCAAAAUUAAAGCUAGUUUGGAGGUUGUGCAGAAGGUCUUUAUCGAUGGUGAUGUGUAG